AUGCGUUGUACGAGGUGGGGACGUCGUGUUCCAGGGUGCGCCGCUCAACCGCACUGCAGUACGUCGGCCGUGGUGUCCCCCUUCCACGCGGGCGAGGCCCAGUUCAAGAUGGCCUCCGCACCCAUGUACAUCGCGGUGAGCCAGGCAGAGGCGAUCGCAGGUGGCAGCAUAGUGUUCGCAAAGAAGGCCGCGCGAAAUGGCUUCGAUAAUCAUCUCGACGUGUACCAAGGAAUGUGGCAUGUCUCCCCGAUGUGCUCGGAGGAUUGCGGCAAUAUUGAGCUCUGGCGUGCGACGGUAGUUCUCAACCGAAUUGUCGACUUCUUCCGGGAGAUCUCGCAGCGCGCCAGUGGGAUGAGCCCGGGGGAGCGUGUCGAGGUUGUGGCGGAUGGCGCGCCCCUCCUGCAUGUGCAUUUUCUGGCGAUCCACCAAUACGAGGGCCUUGGAUCGAGAAGCACCCGCCGAAGCUGCUCGACCUGGUGCUCGACGCGGCGCCCGCCGAGGCUGCUGCGAACGACAACGGCCGCUGGCCUGUGA